CGACUUUCCUCGUCUCCCACGAAACUCGGGGUCGUUUGGCCCUUUUCACCCCUCCAUCUUUCACCCUUUAUAUUUAUCUCUUUCACUGUCCGUUUUCUCUGCAAUCUCAUGAGGAUCAGUUCCAACUCUCGCUCAUGAAGAACGAAUGGAAGCAGAGUCAGAGUCACAGUUCGAUCCUUCACCUGAUUGGGAGAAACCCAGAAGCCCAAAAUGGACUCAUAUGCAUCUACUUGCUCCUCAUAUUCCAGUCACUUCCUUACGCGGCUGCACAUAACAGGACUCAUGACUCAGCACCUUCCGAUUCAUCUGGCUUCAGCAACGCACUCAGCCCUUCGACAGCCCUAGUAAUAGUUGUCAUCAUUAUGUUCUUCUUCCUCUUGGGCUUCUUCUCAGUCUACAUUGACCGCUGCUGCGGGCCCAGAAGCGGUGGAACCAUUCGAUUUAUUGGAGUAGAAGGUGGAAUUUCAGGGAGGAAUAAAGGUCUCAAUCUGGCCGUGAUCGAUACUUUACCAACCUUCGCUUACUCAUAUGUGAAGGAUCAUAAAUUGGGGAAAGGAGCUCUGGAGUGCGCCGUAUGCUUAAGCGAGUUCGAAGAUGAAGAUACACUUCGAUUGCUGCCCAAGUGUGACCAUGUGUUCCAUCCCGAGUGCAUUGAUGAGUGGUUCUCUAAGCGCACAACCUGCCCAGUCUGCCGAGCUAACCUCGUCCCUGUUUCCGGCGAAAUACCUGCAAUUACGGCACCGGUACAGGACAUAGAAGGCGAUUCCCAUGGUGGAAUUCCGGCAUCGGAAACAGGGGAAGCAGGGAACCAGCAAAUUUCCAUUAAUGUAACAAGCGAAGAACCAGAGCUAUUGUCAGUGGGAGUGGCAGUGGCAGUGACACCGGAGGUAAUUAAUCAAGCCCCAAUGCAGAACCGGCCGGCGAGAUCGACGAAGCCGAGAUACGCCGGGAGAUUUCCACGGUCACAUUCGACGGGGCACUCGCUGGUUCAUCCGGGCGAGGACGUCGAGCGGUUCACCCUCCGGCUUCCAGUCGACGUGAGGAAGCAAAUCUUGAACAUGAGGCACCUGAACCGGACUAGGAGCAUGGUAGGUUACCGGACGACUGGUGAAGGGAGUAGCAGAGGAGGGAAAUUGAUGAGGGGGUGGGGUUAUAGGACGACUGGUGAAGGGAGUAGCAGAGGAGGGAAAUCGACGAUGGGGGCGAUAGGUGAGAAACCGGAAGGGUGGGUCUUCUCGAUGAGACGGCCUUUCUUGAUGAGAGCAUCCAGUUCUCGGCCACCAAAAAUGACGGCGGAAGGGAAUGCUCCGGUGACUAGGUCGCCGUUGCGAGUGAGCACGAAACAUGAUGGAACUGUGCCGUCGUCGAGUCUUCCUCCGGCUUGACUGUCAUACACUCAUCACUUAUACCUGAGUUCCUCUUAACAGAUUCGAUAUCUCCACCUCACCACAUAGUUGGCAAACUAGAAAACCUGGUGGAAUCGGAUGGUCAAACCUAAUCUGGCGAGUUACGUUUUUAUUUUAUUUUUUAAUACAAUAAUGGGGAGAAUGUGUUUCUCCAACGGCCAUGAUCAUGAUUUACAAACCUUUAUAUGGUUUUAGUAUGGUCUUCAAAAUACCCUCUUGAUACUUUGAUACUUCGUGUAGAUCUGAACUUGUUGCUUUGAAAUGGUGUGGAAGAUGAAGAUUUACAAUUUUUUUCUUAUUCUUCAAGAUUGAGACCAUGACCAUGAGUUCCUCCCUUGUACAAUUUCUUUGGCUCAAGAGUCGACUAAAACCCAUGAAUUCCUUUAUUAUACUA